AUAAUGAAAUAAAAUUUCAUGUGUUAAUAACUUAAAAAGUGAAUUUUCAUUUCAUAAUAAUUUUUUUAGAGUGAGCAAUAAUAAUAUUUUUAAUUAUUUUCUCAAAUGAAUGACACUUUAUUACAGUUUUCUUAAAUCCUUCAAUACAGAAAGAAUCUUGAGGAAAUCUAAGAAUAGAUAAUAUAUUUAUCAUAAUUUGUAGUUUUCAUUUAAUUCUUUAAAAAAUUGUUCUUUAGCGUCAUACAUCAACAUUUUGGUAACGUUUUAUGAGUAGUUGUCAUUGAUACUACUCUACAAAUCCUACGAUACUACGAAACCAAAAGUGGACCAGUCCGAGCUUUUUCGUGCUUAUUAAUGGCGGAUAUUGAUGUACUGAUCCGAGCGUUAGUUGACUUGAUUUGUAAAUAAGAAACUCUGAAAAUGACAACAAUUUACAGCUUCAUUGAUUUUUAUCAGAAUUUCUUCUAAUCAGGUCUUCCGCAGUUUCAUUAUGAAGAGGUUUUUUUGACAGGGCAAUGAACAAGUUGAUAAAAUGUCCAGCGGCUUAUUGUUUUUCAAGGUUAGGAAAAAAAUAGAUAUUCAUGCUGAAACUACAAUUCAUCUCACGAAAAGGACUAACAUGCUGCUUUUAUACUUUAUUACUUCUUCUGAGCACCUUUUCCCUCAUAGCGAAAGUAUAACUUUCAGACUUCACCAAAAUGAAAGUUAGUACUGUUAGCUGUUGCCCAUGUUCAUGGCCUUACUUUUUAACUUUAUCUUACAUAUCUGGAAGGGAGAAUAAUAACAUGGAAGAAACUGUAAAGCCGGCCUCUUUAUCUCUAAAACCACAUAACCAAUCACUAUGCCCUUCUCAAGCUCCACCUGUUUCAAUAAACACCCCAUCCGACUCCACAGAUUCCUCUGUCAAAUCACCGAAUAUGAGCACAGACAGUGGCUUUGAAGGAGAAAAUAAUAGACCUUCACUUCUUCAAACCUCGUUACCCUCACCAAAUAAAGAACUAAUUUUAAAUUCUUGGAGAAGUAAAAUGUAUACUGAUGGGACCACAACUCUGAACUUUGAUGGAUCUGAAUCUACGAGCCCUAAAUCUCCCAAAAAGUCUACUGAUGAUUCAGAUUUCAAUGAGUCUCCGUUUGACAAAAAGUCAGUCCCAAGUGUGGGAGAUGUUCAUUCGGAGAGUGAAACUGAGUCUGGACCUGAGCAUGCUUGUACUUUUUUCUCUACUGAUUCUUCAUGGGUAAAAGAAAGCAAAAAACCUCGUGACGAUAAGAAAUUAGACAGUUUCAAAGGUCAAAUCUCUGCCUUUAGUAUUUGUUUGUCCAGAAACAGUAACAGCCUUGAUGAAGAAUGCAGUGAUAAAAAUAGUCGAAGUCACGUUGAAUUUGGUGAAUGUUUGACUUGUCAUAAAAUGCAUUAUAUCCGUUGUAGAGAUUGUGUGGACUGUGCACAUUGUACUCAGGAUAUCAAAUGGAAUGGAACAUUGUCAUCUAUUCGUGAAUGCAAAGAUCAUGUUAUUUAUGCUGAAGGAGAGGUUAAUAGUGAAGAUGAUUAUGAUAUUCAUUGUAAACCAGAUACAGAAACGGAUACAUCUGAUGAAAAAAUAUUUGAUGGUACUUACAGUGACGAAACACUAAGUGCAUAUUAUGUUCCUUCAAAUGUUUCGGUGGCAGCCGAGGAAUAUCAUCUUUCUGUGAGGUUACCAGAUGAGAAAAAAUCGCCAAUUUGUGAGGAUGAAGAAUCUUCCUCCGAAGAUCAAAGAGACAGUCCUUGUUUGUGUCAUAUUGGUAUGUGCAAAUCUGAACGAUGUCAUAGUGAGAGAUCUAAAUACACUACAGUAUUAAAACCAAAAGCUGUAAGACCACCUAUUAAUCCUGUUCGAGAUUACCAUAGUAGUAUUGAAUCUUUGCAUAGUCAGCAUGUUGUUGCAGUAAUUGGACAACAUCAUGACAGAUUAUCUGCUUUUCACGAACGUCCGUCUAGUAGUCUUUCUCAAAAUGAGGGAAUGCAUUAUUUUUUUAGCAGAUCUCUAGAUAUGCCGCCAUCUGAACCAUUAUCUAGGCAUGCAACUUCUCAAUUAUCUGUUGUAACAGCAUCUAAUUUUCCUACUUCAAAUUCUUGUCUUUUUAGUGAGAGAUCUGGCCAUAGAUCAAGUUUGUCAGAUGUAAAUACUUUAACGCGCAGGGAUAGGAGUCUCAAAAAGCGUGGUGCUGAAUCGGAAGAUAUACAGGUACGCUGUAAGUCUUCUGAAAGCAAAUCUUCUCAUCAGACUAGCUCUACCCCUGAAACAGAAAGCCCAAAGACUAUAGCUAAACGCUUUAGUAUGCCUUGGGAGAUAUUCAGCAAAAGUGAGGCAUCUCGUUGUAGUCAUUACGAUCCUAACAGUGAGCCUAUUCACAUGACUUUGGAAGAAGUGCAUACAUCUUUGCAGACUUUAAAUCCUCACGAGAAACGAGCUAUCUACGCUCGUUCUUCUAAGAGUGUUCAGUCCAGUGAGAGCAGUAAGUCAUCAGGAUUUUUCUCCUCUUAUCUUCGGCAGAAAAAAGGCAAAAAGGAGUCUCAAACCAAAGUGGGUAGUGACCAUAAAUACCAAAGAAAAAGUUUUCCAGUUUUCAUUAAAAGUGCAUUUAACAACUUUUUUGGACUGAAAAAGAGUCCUGUACCUAUUUCCAAAUCUGAUGAGGAAUUACCUGCCGCUUCAAAUUGCACAAGCAAUAAAAAAUCUAGUCCUAAUACUAGCCCUUUUACUAACCGUGCCCUACCUCCACUGCCUGUCAGAAUGCCAAUGUGGGAUGGUUCUGAUGAAGAUGGCCAGUGGACAUUAAAUGAAUCACAAUCUAUUUAUGAUAGAGAAUCGCCCGACGACUUUUUUAGAAGAAAAAUGGAUUAUGCUGCAAGCAUUGAAAGAGUCAAGGAUGUAACUUUAGCUUUGGCUGUCUGCAGAAAUUUCGUAGCAACACCAUUGUAGACUUCAUUGACAGUGCUGUGGCUCAUUCUCGAAGUGGUCGUUAUCUCUUUUUCUUACAUCGAAGACCUAUAUUAGGACCUAUGAGGGUUCAGCUCUUACAUCCAGUUUCUCGCUUUAAGCAAGUUCAAUCAUUACAGCACAUGUGUAGGUUUAUUAUUUUGAAGACUCUGCGAAGGGAUCUAAUAGACCACCUGCCUCUGCCACGCAGACUUAAAGACUACCUCAACACCCCACAUUAUUACUCAGAGGAGUUAGCCACGCAGUCGCUUCUCACUAAAAGAUGUACCGACAGCCGUUCUUUGAGCAGCCGAUCUAGUCACUCCGGUACAACCAGGGCAGAAAGUGUCUCAUCAAAUACUCAGUCCAAUCCUGGAUGAUGUUUGCAGCUUUUAGGGAACGAUCCUUAUUCUACAUAUGUUUGGCUCGAUGUGUUAUCAUUACCCACAGUUUCCAAUCAGUGAAACAUAAAAAAAAAAAAUUAUAUAUAUGACUUUAACCAAGAGUCAAGAUCUUUUUUAAAAAGUUAAUUUAUUAUUAAAACACAUAGUGAUUAGUAUAUAUUAAAGGAAUGAAUGGGACGUCUGUUUGGAUUAUCAUUAUUUGCUUAAUUGUGUGAUUGUGUAAUACGUGGAUAUACAUAUUUUUGUAUGUAUGCCACCAGUAAAUGUUACAUGUUCAUACAUGCACAAGCAUUAGAAGUGUACUGAAAGGUAAAACAUUCCAGGAAAAAAAAAUAGAAAGAAGCUUGAGGCUUUGUUUGAAAAAAUGUGCUGUUUAUUUAUUGCCAGAUUCUUUUUACAGAUUAAAAAAAGUGACAGUUGAAGAUAUUUUUUAUGAAAAGAUAUUGUUUGUAAUUUUAUUUUCAUGUUUUUAAAAUUUUUUAGCUGCUGAAAAAAAAAAUAGUGAAUGAAUACUGCAAAAAGUUUCAUUUUAGAUUCGAUGUACAGUUGACUUGUAUUAUAUACAUGUUGUUGUCAUUCUCAACUUUAACCCUCUUAGCGUUUACCUCUGAAUUUUUUGACAUCUGUUUUUCUGUAGAACCAGCUGAAGGACACUUUCAUUCAAUUUUGCAAUUCUUUAUUUUUAAGUUUUAUGUAAUGUUUUUUUCUCUAGUAACUUCUUAGUUGCGAACCAGCUUCUCUCUACGAUUUCCUUCUCUAACACAAGGAAGGAAUUUUUUAUGCAGUUUUGCCUAAGUGCUUUGUGUUCAGAUUCUUAUUAGUUUGUUUAGCUUUUCUUCUUGCUGCUUUAUUGUAAUACAAACUGUUCCUUUCUUCUCAUAUUAUUCUAUGAGAAAAUAGUACUUAGAGGAAAAAUUUUUGUUAGAAAGUUUUCCAAAUUCUUAACGUGUAGAGGGUUAAGGCAGUGUUUGUUCGUAAUAUUUCACUUUUUAAGAAGUAUAAAAAUUAAUGGGGAGUUGUGAAAAUAGAUAAAAUUAGGCCUAAUUUUAUUCUGUAAGAUAAACAGAUAGGGAUUUGAAGUUACAAAAAAAAAGUGACAUAUUACUAACUUAUAUCAAGUUAAGUUUAAUUUUUCCUACCUUGGACAUAGAAGAACAUAAGCUGAAAUCGCUCUCUGGAUUGAGAUAAUGUUGGAAUUUUAAAACGAGUGUUGCAUGUCUAAAAAUGUUAAAAAGACAACUUGAUAAAUAGUCUGUUAGUUAAUGUUUUGAUAAUGAUGCACACCAGAAAUGUAUACAUUUGUACCUAGAUGCUGUUAUAUUGCAUUUCAUUAAACUGAACUUCACUUUUCAUCUUUUUGUAUAAACGUGGAAUUGUCAUAGAUAUUAAUAUUUGAAAUAACUGACUUUUUCUUAUUUUUAUAGCUUAAACGAAAUGUUAUGACAUUUUCUCUUGAAAUUUACUUUCUACGAUAUUUUGUGAACAUUAUCUUCUUUGAAAGUUACUGGAAUUCAAUAUUAGAUUUAUAUGAAUUGUUGUUCUUGAAGAACUUUGUCAAUAUAAAUAGAGUGUGUGAAUACAUUUUUGUUGGUUAGCAUGAAUUUUUUUUUGUGUCUGCAUUAACUGUAAAUUUUGUACUUCAUAUAUCUUAAAUCAAAAAAAAUUUUCUGUAAUUAGUUUGAGAAUGGUAUAUAAUUUAUUAUAUUUUUUGGUAAGCAUCAUGAAUAGAGUUCGAAGUAAAUUUAUAAACUAUGUAUUUUUUAAAUUCUGAAACUGACAUUUCUAUGGGAUUUAAAUAUAUUUGAUCUUGUUUUAGCUCCAUAGCUUUGUAACUUUUAACCAAACCUUUGAAGACAAGGGAAUUUCUUUCAUUUCUGGUGAGUGUGAGUUCUGGACAAUAGACAAGUUGGCUUCUAAUGCAAUGAAUUCUGGUUAAUAGAUCUUUCUUUUUGACAUUAAUUGGCAAUUAAUGGUAAAAAUUUGAUGUAGACUAAUUAAGGUACUGUGGAGAUACUAUUAAAAAUUUUGAUUGUUAUGGAUUAAUUAAGAUAAUGUGGAUUGAAGCUUUAUAAACUUGAGACAGAUAAAAAUACUGCAUGGUAAAAAGGUUCUUUUUUUGCAAGUAAAGAUUUUUUUAAAAUUGAAUUGACUAUUUAGUUUAAUAAUUUAAUAGUUUAGUUUUACAAUUAGAAUGGUCAAUUGUUUUAAAUUCUAGAAUGGAAAUAAUUAAUUUUGAUUAAAUAUUCAGCCUUAUAGAUUUAAGUAAUUUUUUUUUUAUUAUAAUUUAAUAUUUGUUAAGAACUGUACAUAUUUAUGAUAUAUUUGUCAAAAGGUAAUUAUUGUGGGCAAUUAUGUUUCUGUCAGCAUAAAGAACUACUCCACUUACCCAUUUAAUGCAUAGUUUACCUUUCUACAGUUUAAUAAAUUUCUUUCAACUCUUUACUAAUUGAAAAAUUUCAUUUAUGAAAACUGUCUCUAUAAGUUUUGUUAGCAUUAAAGAUAUGCAGACUAAACUGUUUAUAAAUUGAAUAAUUAUAGCAUCUCGCAUAUUGAAUUUUUUAUUUUAUUUAUUUACUUUUUGAGGUUGUAUCAGUAACUUAAGACAGACAGCAUAGGCUGUAUAUAAAUUUGAAAGAUUAUUUCAUUAAUGAUUAAAACUUUAAGAACCUUAUUUAUUGUUGUAGAGUCAGCAUUAAGAAAAACUAACUAUAAUCAAAUUAUUGAAUUAAAAAAAUUACCUUAUUACAUUUUAGGAAAUUUUCUUUUGCCCUAUUAUUUGUUGGUUGAAAAUAUUAAGUUGAAUUUUGGUUCCUUCUACAUUGAGAAAAACAAGGAAACUAAUCUGGCUUUAAAUAAAAAGAUUAUUUUAUCCCAAUUGAAUAUUAUAGAAACUUUUGAGGGCUGAUACUUAAUAGGUAAAAAAAGCAAUAAUUCUAGUUGUGCCAAGAAGAACUGUGAUCAUGUCAAUAUGAGUAAUGGCAACUUGAUCAUAUCAAAAUAAUAAAUAAAUAAUAUAGUAACUGUAGUUGCAUCAAUAAAAUCCAUAAUAUCUUUUAACUCUUUAAAAAAGAAAGAAAAUUAGAGUAAAAUCAGGAAGAAUCUUUGUUUAUAGUUGCGGCAGCAUUGGGCGAUUAAAAAAAAGAUCAUUUCUCUAGUACUUUGGAAACUAGUGAAGUACUUUUUGUAUUCAACUCCUAUAGAAAUGUCAGUAUUCUGUCCUAAAUUAUAUUCAAAAGCUAUGCUUUUUUUUU